AUGCCCCUCCCAGGCUCAGAUACUGAGGUUAAAGCCUCCAGCGAAGCUGCAGAAAACUUCGCCAGUCACUACUACCAGGCCAUAAACAACCGAUCAACGCUUCUUCCCUUCUAUAUCAACUCUUCACCACGCUACUCUAUCGCUGCCGACAUCUCCAUCAACGGCUCUGUUGUUGCCACACCUGCCGAUUACACCACACUACUGGAGGCGCAAGGGCAAGGCGUGCGCUACGAGAUAGAAUCUCUAGAUGCGCACGUUAUCAAUCCCUCAUCAAAGUAUGGCGCACCCGACAACAUUCAUGACAACAAUAAAGUAGAGAAGAAUGGAAGCCGGAUGACCAUUGUGGUCACGACAAUGGGAAGAGUGCAAUUCGGCAAAGGACGGGAAGCACCACGGAAAAUGUUCAACGAGACCUUUGUGCUGGUACCAAACUGGGAUUCUAUGGCCAGGAACCCUCCCCGAGGCGUCAAGCGAUGGCUAAUCAUGUCGCAAAAUUUUCGCGCAUUAUGA